ACCGCUGAGCGUGAAGCGCGCCCUCUAUUUAAACUAAAAAGGCGCGGAAUUAGAAGCAGGCAGGUUGGAUCGGGCGAUCGGAUGCUUCCUGGAUUCCUCUUGGGUGAAAUCACAAAGAUUGUGUUCUCCAAAUACAUGUACAAACAAACAUUAAACAGAGAAAAUUGGUCUUGCGACAUCUGAACGAUGUCAAUUAAGAAGAGUCGCCCAGUGUGUGACCAGCAGAAGUCUUCCAUUGGACCAGACAGAGAAAAUCCAACCAAUGAAGAGUCACAGGGCUGUGAUAGAGGAGCUGUCCACAGAAUGGAGAAGCCGUAUGUGUGUGAAUUUUGUGACAUGGGGUUUAUAACUCAUGACCAACUGACAUGUCACAGACGAAGACACACCGACGAAAAGCUGUAUGUCUUUGAAGCUUGCGGUAAGGCUUUCUUCACAGCCGCUGAGGUGGAACGGCAUAGUCCCAUUCAUACCGAGGAAAAACCAUAUGGAUGUGACAUUUGUGGCCAGAGUUUUGAACAGACAGCGUACCUGUGGAGACACCAGAGUGUUCAUUUGGAGAAGCCUUAUAAAUGCAGCAUCUGUGAAAGAGCUUUCACAAGGCAGGGUCAUCUUCGCAGGCAUCAGAAGGUCCAUGCAACAGAAAGACACGACUGUGGCAUUUGUGGCCAGAGUUUUUCACAGACAAGUGACCUUGUUAGACACCAGAGUAUUCAUUUGGAGGAGAAGCCUUAUAAAUGCACCAUCUGUGACGGAGCUUUCAAACGGCAGGAUCAUCUUCGCAGGCACCAAAAAUUCCAUGCAUUAGCCAGAUCAAACGUAUGUGACAUUUGUGGCCAGAGUUUUGCAAAGACCGCGUACCUGUUGAGACACCGGAGUAUUCAUUUGGAGGAGAAGCCUUAUAAAUGCACUUCCUGUGACACAGCUUUCAGACGGCGGGAUAAACUUCGCAGGCACCAAAAAGUCCACGGAACAGGAAGACCAUACGAAUGUGACAUUUGUGGCCAGAGUUUUGCCCGGGCAAAGUACCUGUCGGUACACCAGAGUGUUCAUUUGGAGGAGAAGCCUUAUAAAUGCAGCAUCUGUGAAAGAGCUUUCACAAGGCAGGGUCAUCUUCGCAGGCAUCAGAAGGUCCAUGCAACAGCAAGACACGACUGUGACAUUUGUGGCCAGAGUUUUUCACAGACAAGUGACCUUGUUAGACACCAGAGUAUUCAUUUGGAGGAGAAGCCUUAUAAAUGUACCAUCUGUAACAAAGCUUUCUCAAGGCAGGAUCGUCUUCGCAUGCACCAAAAAGUCCAUGCAACAGCCAGAUCAAAUAACUGUGACAUAUGUGGCCAGAGUUUUGCGAACAUAGCGUACCUGUCGAGACACCAGAGUAUUCAUUUGGAAGAGAAGCCUUAUAAAUGCACCAUCUGUGACGGAGCUUUCAAACGGCAGGGUCAUCUUCGCAGGCAUCAAAAAUUCCACUCAACAACAAAACCGUACCAAUGUGACAUUUGUCACAAGAGCUAUAAAGACCAGCGAUCGCUGACAAGGCACCUCCGGUCACACACAGAGGAAAAGCCACGACAUUUGUAGUGGGGUCCGCCCGAUAGUUCGAAGGUUCUUUGGUCUGAAGGUUCAUUAGUCCGAAGGUUCAUUUGUCCGAAGGUUCGGUAGUCCUAAUUUAGAAAAAGGUUAAUUAGUCCGAAGGUUCAAUAGUCCGAAACGAAAAUGAGGUUCACAAGUCCGAAGGUUCAU